AUGGAGGAGGCCAAGAAACUAUUUGUAAAGAAUGAAAGUUCAGACAAAAGUCAGAGCUUUGGAUACAGUGACAAGAAAGCAGUAAAUGGACUGGAGCCCAUUGGAAUCUACGGCAAUGGUUUCAAAUCAGGCUCCAUGCGUCUUGGGAAAGAUGCCAUCGUCUUUUCCAAGUCAAGGAACAUGUUGUGUGUUGGGAUGCUUUCUCAGACCUACCUGGAAAAGAUUGGAGCCAAUCAAAUAAUUGUACCUAUUGUCUGCUUCGAAGUGCGGAAUUCAGACAAAUUUUCUGUAAGAGAGGAACACAAAGCCAGUCUGCAGGACAUUCUGCGCUACUCUCUCUUCAAGACACAAGAGGAACUCUUCGCUGAGCUUGAUGCCAUCAGCUCAUCCUCCACAGUGAAAACGGGCACAAGGAUCAUCAUCUGGAAUCUCCGCAGGACAACUACAGGAACAACUGAGUUUGAUUUUGAGAAGGACAGAUACGAUAUUCGAAUUCCUUCAGAAAUCUACGAAACACUGAAUGAUCCCUCUCAGAAUUCAAACAAAACCAUUUCUUACAUCCCUGAAAGCAUUUACUCGCUGAGGGCAUAUUGUAGUAUUCUGUACCUGAAGCCACGGAUGCAGGUCAUGGUGCGGGGUCAGAAGGUGAAGUCUCAGCUCAUCGCUAAAAGCUUGGCCUGCAUCAGAAAGGACCAUUACAAGCCCACUUUCCUGGAAAAACGCGUUCCUAUAACGUUUGGGUACAACACCAAAAGUAAAGACCAGUAUGGCAUAAUGAUGUAUCACAAGAACAGGCUCAUUAAAGCCUACGAACGAGUGGGAUGCCAGCUGAAGGCCAAUAACAGAGGAGUUGGAGUCAUCGGGGUCAUUGAAUGCAACUUUCUGGAUCCCACCCACAACAAACAGAGCUUCAUUGAGAGUGAUAAAUACAGAAAAACCAUGAACAAUUUGGGGAUCAAACUGGAGGAGUACUGGAAUGAAAUUCGCUACAGGAAGUCCAAAGAAAACCCAACCAGCACCGUUCCAGUGGAAGAUACCAUGAAGCGACCAGACCAGAACUGGGUGCAGUGUGACGACUGUUUGAAAUGGCGCAAACUUCCAGAUGGGAUCGACGUCAGCAAGCUGCCGGACAAAUGGUUCUGCAGGAUGAACCCUGAUCCUCAGUUCAGGAGGUGCCAUGUAGAGGAGGAGCCGGAGGACUCUGAUGAUGACCAACCAUCAUACCGCAAGACAUACAAACAACAAGAAAGGCAAAACAAGAGAAAACAAGAAAAGAACAUGCACCUUGAUCAGCUGACUAUAGUGCAACAUGAAGAGCAGCGUAUGGCGUCUAUACGUAGAGAAACUGCAGCUUUAAGUCGGCAACACAACAACUUGAAGCACCUGCUUCAUCAAAAAUCUCCUUCCUCUCCAACCACUCCGAGGGGCCGUUCACUUCAAGGAGCUACUAUUAAAUCCGAACCAUCUUUGCCGAGUUCUUCUGCCACUUCACAAGCUGGCUGCAGCCCGUCCACUGCUUCUGGACUUCCUGUGAUUACAAAUGUAUGCUCACUGUCAGGGGAGCCUCAGAGGGGUAAAAGAACGCAGCUUGUUACUUCAGAAAUAAUGCCAAAAAGACCCAGAAUAAAUGGCUUCCAAGAGCACACAGCAGGAGACGUGAGCUCCACUGUACAUUCUGAGAGAGUUGACGAUGAUGUCACUGAUGAUACCGAUGAUACUGAUGAUGAUGAUGGGAAUGGUACUGACCUUACUUACGACACCGAUGAUGAUAUUGUCAUCUUGGAAACUGAAAGUACUCCCAAGCCAAAUAAGCCCAGCAGUCGUUUGACCAAAAUCAAGCACGAAAAAAGGGAAAGUCCCAUCACCAUGCUGCUGGAGUGCAGCGACGAUGUUGCUGUCGACGUCUCCUCAGAGAGAAACGCCGCAGGUACGAGCGCAGCGGUGGAAACCAGUCGUCCUCUUGAAGUGGCCAACAGCACCACCCAGACAGUAGCUGCUGAAGUUAAGGAAGAGCAUCACAGUCAAAAUCACAAUGAAGAGGGGGAGAAGGUGUGUAGCACCUGUGGUACAGAUCAGAGCCCAGGCACGAACCACCACCCCGUCCAACAGCGAGAAUUAAAGCAAGAUAAAGAAGACGAUGGCCAGUACGGGAAUCAAGAAAAGCAUAAAUUGCACAACGGAGUGGCACAUAUGAAAAGCGAUGAAACUCCAGGACCUUCUGCUCUUCCUCAGUUUAUUUCUGUGGCUCAGAAACAACAAGACCAGCUCCUGGAGCUCAUGCAGGACACGGCUCAGGAGAGGUACAGUUUAAAACAGGAGGUGCAGAAACUUAACGUCCAGCUGCAGAAGCAGUCCCACAUCAGUGUAAAGAAGGAGCGCUCUCACCAAGCCUGCCAAACCGAGGGCACAGGAGACCAGAAGGACUAUAAAAGUCUUUUUGAAAAGGCCAAACAGAAAGUGAACGAUUUAAUAAAAGACAAAGAGGCUUUGUUAUUAGCUUCUGAAGCCAAGACCAACCUGGUCACCGAGCAAGAUGAGGAACGGGACAUUGAUGAGAUUUCACUGCAGGUUGGCUGUCUUGUCCAUGAGCUGGAUCAGACAAAGAAGGAGAGGGAUGAACUCCGCUCACAGCUGGACAGUCUGGAGGAGGAAAAGUCAAAUUUGGCAGCUCAGUGUGAAGAGCUCAAGUUGAGAUUACAGCAACAAAGGGAAAAUGCUCAGGCUUCACAAAGAGGCGGUAAACUUUCUGCACAGUCACUUUCUGUGGAGGCAGGAGAGUCAACAACAUCUGGCACCAACUCGGACGCGUCCAGAAGUUUGAUCGAGCUUCGGCAGAAUGUGGGGCGUCUUCUGGUCACCUUUGUCCCAGCGCUGGACUUGGAACAAGUGAACUAUGAGUGUAACGUCAUCGAUGAGAUCUUGGAGCAAGUUCUUAAUGAAGCAGAUACGAGAUGAACAAUUAAAGCACAGUGGGACUCGAGAACUGCUUUUGACCCAUGAAAUCGAGUUUAUGGAAAACAUAUAGGUCUUCUUAAAGUCACUGUCUUCAUGUCUCCACGUUCCCCAUGAGAUCAGGGUUUCGUUUUAUACAUUAGAGAUUAUUUAAUCUCCAAAGCUCUU